GUGCUCUACUAUAUCCCUCCGCCAGGGUCGGCAGCUCCCGGAAGAGAGGUUAGGCUUCUGCCGCCGGCCUUGUUGUGCUUUCUUCGGGUGUCUACGGGCGGAGCUCUUGUUAUAUCCGGCGGACACGUCGAGUUUACGUUUCUUUCCCGUUAUUUUCUAAGCCUUUAUUCUAUUUAUUUCCGGGAACGUCGACAAAUGUCAACUCCAGCGAGACGGCGCCUUAUGAGAGACUUUAAAAGGCUUCAAGAGGAUCCCCCCGCAGGAGUCAGUGGCGCCCCCUCUGAAAACAACAUCAUGGUCUGGAAUGCUGUUAUAUUUGGACCAGAAGGAACGCCCUUUGAAGAUGGAACAUUUAAACUCACGAUAGAAUUCACAGAAGAAUAUCCAAAUAAACCACCCACAGUUCGAUUUGUAUCAAAAAUGUUUCAUCCAAAUGUAUACGCUGAUGGCAGUAUAUGUCUGGACAUUCUUCAGAAUCGUUGGAGUCCAACAUAUGAUGUAUCUUCAAUACUAACCUCUAUACAGUCACUGCUGGAUGAACCAAAUCCAAACAGUCCAGCAAACAGCCAGGCAGCGCAACUGUACCAAGAAAACAAGCGCGAAUACGAAAAAAGGGUUUCCGCAAUAGUGGAACAGAGUUGGCGUGACUGUUGACACUGGCCCUUGUAAAUGAACACUGAACAAGAGGAAAAGUGUAUGUGUGCGUAUAUAUUAUACAAUAUAUAUACACACAUCUGAAGUGUUUGAGUGAUCUUCCUCUUGCUAGAAUCUUUAAAUGUACAUCAACUGCAAAAAUGGCUGUUGUGCUGUCACUGACUUCCUUAGCCCGAGCUGAUGCUUUUCUCCCUUCCCCUUGGACACCUGAGAGCAUUCGUGUUGAAAACAAAUGUACCGUACAUGGGUUACUUGCAAAAGGUUUCUCUUCUCUCAUCCAGCCACCUGUGUUUGCCGAAUACGGACUGACGUCUGCCAACAGACGAGCACGUCGGCCUAGUAACACCGCUCCUGUGCAGGUUUUUUUUUUUUUUCUAUUUUGCUUUAUAUUUUAAAUGAAUUUCUUGACAUCCUGGUUGGGUAAAACAUUGUUCUUAAUUUCAUUCCGUGUUGCCUCUUUGUAUAUCAGAACACGCUUCUCUGUCUGUAUCUCCAAUUGGUGAAAUAUUUAAAAUGUCCUCCCCCCCCUCAGUUUUCAUGUAGCUCCUGCACAAGGGCAUUCAUGUGUUACCACAGGUUUGCAUGGUGGUCCUAAACUGGAGACUUAUCAGUGCAGGGAAAGGUGGAGGCAUUUCUCAUAGAAACCAGUGGGGUUGCAGCUUUUAUUUUCAUUAAUACUGAGAGCAGAUUACUCUCCAGUGUAUUUUGCCGUGCAGUUGGAAUCCAUGCCUUUAUUACUAAAUGUUCCUGAAGUGAAGUCCAUGGGAAGUGGCUGGUAACACAUGAAGUCACACUUGUGAGGAAUAUCUAAAUUGACAUUGAAACUAAAAGGGUUUGUACAGGCUCUAGAUAUUGAUGAUGUACGAUAGGUCAUUAUCAGAUUAAUGACCCCCAGAAGAAAAAACUGUUCUUAGCCGCCUCCGGAAAUAACACAGUGAAUGGUGCUGGGAGCAGAUGGCUCCAUCCACUGUGUAGGGCGGGGAUCAGCAACCUUUGACACUCCCAGAAUGUUCCAUUCACUGCCAUGGGAGUUAGAACAGCCGAGCGUGUUUGCAUGCUGGGAGUUGUAGUUUCCCACCAGCUUGAGUAAGAAGGUUGCUGAUCCUUGACUACGAUAGCAACCUGACACGGCCACUACACCGUGUUAUUUCUGCCAGGUGUGGGUGUCUGACCCCCACUGAUCAGGCAUUGAUGGCCUAUCUGAAGGGUUAUCAAUAACUAGAGAAUGGACGGCCACUUAGGCUACCUGCAGACGUUGUGGAUUACGUGCAGUUUUUCCAUGCCGCUUCAUGUGCAGAUAAACCGCAAAAUAAUACAGAACCAGGAAAGUGAGAGAUUUCAUAACUCAUGCACACUUAGUUUUUUUUGUUCUGUGUGGGUUUUGAAACCCUCAGAAUGUCAAUUCUUUUGUGCAGAUCUUUCAACGCAAGGGUGAGAUCUGCAGCAAAUCCACACUAAAAGUCGCAAUUAACACAUGCUGAUUUUGGUGCUGAAUUACAUUAGUAUGGAUUUUCUGUUUGUAAACCUGCACUCAUGUGCAGGUAGCCUUAAAGGCCUACUUUUCUUAGUGUCCUUUUAGCGGAUGCCCCUAUUAAUGGCCUAUAACGUAACGUGCAGAUUUGGGUUGUUAUGGAGUUUGAGAUUACAUACAAGGUUUUUCAGAUCCUCCACUUUGUUUUCUAAUGGCAAGUUUUCAGUUUCUACAAGUAACCCAUGUAAAACUGUACAUUCUAAACUUGUAAAUAAAGAAAUGAGUAACCCA